CACUGCCACGUCACCUCUAGGAGACUCAUGUGUUGAUGUUGUUGUUUUGGAAUGACGUCUGGUGAAGUUUUGGUUACAUUCUUUUAAUUUUCAGUUGGUUGUCAAACAACUGCUAUCGACAACAUGUUAACGACUGACGGGUUUACGGGUUUCCCGGCCCAAAUGUGGGAGAAGGUGCUGUCGAAAGUGAAUAAAGCACUUGUUUUUAUGGAUGACAAGUGUGCGGAGAGUCUUCACUGGAACGGGGGAGCCGCCAGUUUAUUCGAAGCAGGUGCACGAAACCUAAAGCAAUUUUCAAGCUUCGAGGCUGGCGGAGAAAACGAACCGAAGGCGGUGUUUGUGGUGAGCACUCUGCUGAAAGGUAUAACGGCCGAAACUAUCAAAGACAUCAUAAGCCUUAGCCACUUCCAAUAUUGUGUUGUCUUCACGACCGUCGCUCACUCAGUUCACCUCCUCGCCAACAACGUCAACACUGAGUUAGAGGGGACCCCGGUAUUUGACCAGUUCGAAGAGAAGCUGUGCGAGUGGAUGGGAGACAUGAACUACACCGCGGAGGUGCUCAGCGUCCCGGUGGUCUUCUCCCCGGUAUCUCAGCAGCUGAUCCUCGCACACACAUUCCCGCACCUCUUUCCGCUGCUGUCACCUGACCUGGAGGUUUUAAACUCCAAGCGUCCGGCCAAGAAGAGGUUUGCCAGUUUGUCGGAAGUUGACCUGCAGUCUCUCCCCCCCGAGUUGCAGAUUGAGAUUAAAUCCUUGGCGUCCGUGCUGAACUCCAUGUUCGAGGCCACGAGCACCCGGGAGGAGUGCUUUGCUGUGGGACCAAUGAGCAGGCUGAUUGCUGGGGAACUAGCCAAUCACCCACAGUCUAGGAACCGUAGGAAAGUGGCUCCAAAUAAAGCUUCAAUAGUGUUUAUCGACAGAACACUGGACCUCACAGGGGCGGCGGGUCACCAUGGCGACAGCCUGGUGGAGAAGAUCCUGGGCGUGUUGCCGCCAUUGCCAGGACACACCACGGACGUGCAGGUGGACAUGCUGGAGCUGACCGAUCUGCAGCGCAGCACAGAGGCCCAGGCCUCGCUCGCACCCGGCUGCCUGGCUAACACACAGUGCUCCUCUGCACGGUCGCUAUGGGAGACGAUGCUGGGCAGCAAGCAGAAGGAGGCGGUGAUGGAGGUCCGCAGACAGCUGGUGGAGGCAGCCAGCAGAGAACACCUGCCCUUCAAGAUGAACCUGGGCCGGGUGAGCGGGGAGCAGCUGAGCUCGUACGUGCAGCUGUUCCGCGGCAGCUGGGGGGCGAUAGAGAGCAACGCCGGCAUUCUGCAGCUCGCUCUGGCCACCGCACACACCCUCCGCCACCCCGCCCUGGCGCACUGGGACACCUGCCUGGCCUUCGAGAGACUGCUGCUGCAGUCUCCUCUAAAUAACAACCUCCCACAACUCAGACCAAACCAGGACUGGAAGAGAGAGAAGAACACAGACCAGAACUGGACCGGAGAAAAGAGCAGGCUGUCAGAGGACGCCAGGGAGAGGCCUGCCUUUGAUCUGUCCUGGGAG